GCACUUCCCAGUUCCCGCACGCUUGGAGUUUUUCUCGAUUUCCCCAUCCCCAAAUGUAAUACUAUUCCUAAUCUAAUCCCAAUUCAUCCCAAAAGUCAAAAAAUAUAAAACCCUAAUCAGCUAAUUCCUAUAUAUUAUUGUUCUUGUCUCCUGUGUUCGUCAAAGUGAACAAAAUUGUUAAAUUCAAAGCAUUUAGAAGAUUUUCUUGGUAAGAGGAAAUCACUUUGACAACACCAAGUAGAGAAGCUGGAAGAAUUACUUAAAUAUGGAGAAAUACUUACUGGGCAAGGAUUGUAUCAAGAAUAUGGACUCCAACGACCAGAUGAUACUCGUUAGGGAUCCCAUUUUAAGACCUUGAAAAUUUUCAUGGUUAUAUUUUCUUUGAUUAUUAAUGUGUUUAAAGAUAUGCAACAGAAUAGUCCUCAUUCUCUUGAGAGAUUUGCAGCAAAAAAUCUUUUGGGCAAUAUUCAGGAAUUUGAAUUUGUGUUUAUGUUGCACUUGAUGUUCAAGAUGUUGCUUCUUACAAAUGAAUUGAACAAAGCUUUACAAAAGAAAGAUCAAGACAUCGUCAAUGCUAUGAGCUUGCUUGAGCUUGCAAAGGCAAGAUCACAAACAAUGAGAGAAAGUGAAUUGGAGUCUUUGAUAAAUGAGGUUUACUCAUUUUGUGGUAAACAUGAUAUUAUGAUUCCCAAAAUGGAUGAAGACUACUCAAGGUCAAAGCAUAAGAAGUCUGAUGUUUCAUAUGCACAUCACUUUAGUGUGAAAAUAUUUUAUGCAGUUAUUGAUUUGCAACUUCAUGAGCUAAAUAGCCGUUUUGAUGUAGUGACUAGUGACUUACUCCUUGGUAUGGCUUGCUUGAAUCCGGUCGAAUCAUUUGCUAAUUUUGACAAAGACAGAAUAAUAAAGUUGGCCGAGUAUUAUCCAAGUGAGUUUGAUGACAACAAGCUUCGAGAUCUCAAUUUUCAGCUUGAUAGUUUCAUUGUCUAUGCUCGAAUGUGUGAUAGCAAGUUUGUCAAACUUGAAAGGAAUUAAGGAUCUUGCUAUAGUGAUGACAAAGACAAAACUGGAUCAAACUUGUGUCAUGUUUAUUUACUUGUGAAGCUGACUUUGAUUUUACUUGUUGCUACUGCAAGCGUGGAAAGAGCAUUCUCCUCAAUGAAGCUCAUAAAAAAUGAUCUACGUAAUAACAUUAGUGAAGAAUUUUUAAAUGUUUAUUUAGUUUGCAAUAUAGAGCGUAAGGUAUUUGCAACUGUAAGUAAUGAUGCUAUUAUAGAUCAUUUUCAAAGUAUGAAAACUCGUCGAGUACAAUUGUAAAUUGAUGAUGUUUUCUUUUUUUGUGAUAAUGAAACUAAAUAUUUUUUGCUCGCUA